GGAAUGGGAUAUCAAAAUCCAAACACCAUUAAAUCCCAUUGUAUCGCAACUCGUUAAAUCCCGUAUAAAUGAAACAAACUAUAAUCUCUCCCACAAGAUAUCAUUGAAAACAAUUCCAUUAACAGCUACAAUAAAACAAUCACAAUAAACUCAAUUACCUUAUUCUUCCCCCGAGGGCAACACCUCUCAUGUAUCUGUCCACAGCCGGAUGUGUGGAUUUCCUUCAAAUCGUAACUACAUGCAUACGGAACGGGCUCUUUCCCUUCUCCAUCGCUAUUGCAUUUUAUUGCAACCAAAUCGUUCCUUAAAACGGUGCCAAACUUUGGCAUAAGCGGAACGCGACGCGACGAACGGCAGCCGGAGAAUAAAGCUAAUUUGCAUACAGGUGCCAAAUGACACGUUGAUGGUAUUUCGGUCGAUUUGAAGUUUACCGAUGCCAGACGGAAACGAAUUCGCGUGCAAAUAUGUGCCGCCAUAUGGCACACAUACCCUUCUCUCUCGUCCUAUUCCGCUGAGCCGCUGCUGAAAAUAACCGUUAUGAUCGGCUUUGAAUAUUAAAAUCAUGCUCAAGUGGGUCGUUACACGAGGUCCCGGCGCAUUAGCCCCAGAUGUUCCCCGAAUCGACGCUCAAAGAAACUGUUCAUGCGACAAGGAAAACCACUGUGAAGAGCUGUUUGAAAUCGAAAACAACAAUUCGUACGCCUUCAACGAUCUGGGGAACUUCUUCAGCCCCAGAAAGAGUCGCGUUUCCUCUGGACCACUGAUCCGCUUCGCCUCCCACGAUUGCGUCUGCUCUCCCUACUCACCCAGGUUCGACGGUGUCUCCAGCAGUGUUGAAGCAUUUUCGAAAAGCAAAACUUUACCCACCAAAGAAGAUCCAAGCUGUACGCCACUUACCUCGCGUAGUUCGACCCAAGGUCGCACCAGGAAGCUACGCUCUCGGCGUGAGCGCAACAAAACGCUGGUCAAGCGCCUGUGCGAAACUAGUUUGGGAGAUCUCUCGGAAAUUGCCACACCAAAAGCCUCUCAACGACAAACGGUGGAUCCCGUGAGUGAUUUGUUUAAACUGUACAGAGACCCUGGGAGUGCCGAACUGCUCCAAAACUUGCUCCACUCCAACCAGGUGUUCAACGAGCGUGAAGUGAAAACACCCGAAGGUCCAAGUCCGCUGGAAUGUGGAAGGCUUUUCCGACAGCGAGCGGUCCGGAGGAAGCAAAGUAAAGCCGUCACUUCGCUCCACCAAUUGCAGUUCGAUCCAAACGACAGUGCCAGCAUCUUCAAUUGUUUUGUGUUCCGGGAGUUGGCACAAGAGGGACUUUUGUAGGAAUAAGACAUGAUACAUAAAUGAUAAUUGUUAGUUAAGUUUGUUCUUUCAAUUUAUUAGAGCCGCAGAAUGACGGUGAAUUAAAACUUUCAGUGAAAUAAAUCAAA